GCGCCGCGGCCCCUCCCGGCGCUCGCGCGCGUCUCGCGAGAGGAGGCGGGAGGCGGCAACCGUUGGGCCGUUACCGGGCCCGCCAUGGCUGACCGGCGGCCCCGAGCCAGGCCCGGCCUCAGGCGCAGCGGCCACAACGCGCGGGCCGCAGCACAGACUGGAUCGAGUGUAGAAAAUAAGAGUGAAUCUGUCAGGAGCACCUUGGCAAAGCAGAGACUGGGAGUGUUCCCUGAUCUCAGAAAUGGCACACCACGGCUUAUGCUCAAGAGAGUCAUGCAGAACCAGCCCCAAGUUUCACCACUGGCACCUCAGAUAUCUAACCAUGAAGACACAAAAGAAGCUCAUUCAGAAGUCCCAUCUCAGAGGGUUUCCAGCAUGGGGGAAUUGCAGCUGCCAGAUGUUGCUCCUGAGGACACAUCUACCACUGUGUUCAACAUGAAAAAGAAGAGAAGGAAAUUCAGCAUUUCUGAAUUUGAGAGGGCAGCAGAGAGUCGGCUUCCCCAGUACCAAGCUCAGUCAGCGUUGGACAGCACAGUUAUGACUCGGUCCCUUCGCAUGUCUGUGGGUUCCCUGCUGGCCCCAGACACCGUUGAGAAGAGGGGUUUGCUGAGGAGGCCCAAAACCCGCAGGGCUGUUGACAUGCAAGCCUUUGAGGGCAGAGUGGAACAGAACCUGCUGAAGAGCAAAGGACAGAAUGAUCUUGUGGACUCACAAUCUGCAUCUGUGAUUCGAACAAGCAUGCUGACCAGUGAUGCAGAAAUGAUGAUGAAUAGCACAGAGCUCUUUGUUCAGCCCCUGCUGGACGAAGAGAGCCAAAAUAAAUUGUCUGCUCUUGAACCCCAGCUGUCAGAUUCAAAAACUUCAGCACAGAGAAGCCCGAUUUCUGAUGCAGAUCAAAAGGAAGCAAGACUGGAGGGCCUAGUAUCCAGUGUGAGCACAAACCAGGAAAGGACCCAAAGAUACUCCAAGAGCACAGGCCUUGAUGAUGAGCAUGUUGACAGAAUGAGUCAUGUAUCUCCAGAAACCCCUGCAAAACAGGGAGAAGAAAAGCAAGAUCACUCCCAGCAGAGUAACCCAGUGGCAAAGAUUUCUGUUACUGGAGAAGAGGUGGUUUGCAGUGUGUAUAGAUGGAACUCCUCUCUGCCCUCCAAAAGUUCAAGUACACAUUUGGGAUCCCCAGUCACUCUCAAUGUUUCCCGCAUGCAUUUGAGACAAGUUGUGUCCCAUAUAAUUGAAGACCUAGAAGUAAGUGAUACAGAAGAAGAGAUGAUUAAUACAGAGAAUGGAGUGGAACAGAAAAAGAUUUUCCAAGAGGCUGCAGAACGUGGUGCAAGUGCUGGACAUUCUGAACAUUUGGAGAAGAAACUGGCUGAAAAAGCAGAAUUGCAGAUAACUGCAGGACAUGCCAGCAGAGGUGAAACAGAAGUGGCUCCUUCAGCAGGAAAGGAAGUGGAAGAAGGUAGCACUGGAGCCCACAGCUCUCCCAGAGCUGAACAUGAGAUUACCAGAGGUAUUGGAGCUGAAAGUCUGGGCAGGCCCUCUCAUGCCUUUUCCUCAUUUGAAAAACCUGAGGUGACUCCAGUAGAUGAAACUGAUGAACAAGGAGAUGAACCACAGGACCAGGCUUUGAUGCUAAAUUUGGAUAGUUCAGUGGGAGAGCCUGCUGAGGAUGAAGCUGAGCAGCCUGAAAGUCAAGAGGUUUCCAUGAAGACUCCUACGUUUGUCCGAGCUCCACCCCACAAGCUCCUGCUGUCUGCAAAACCUGCAAAAGCUUCUGCUCCCAGUUUUCCUCAAAGUUCUCCCCUGAAGCUGCUGCAGCCUAAGACAGUUCCAAAGAGAUUGAGAACAUCCCAGAAGAAACCACGGGAGCCUCAAGUACCCAGGAGUUUGAUAAAGGCGAUAUUCAGACAUUUUGCUAAAAUGCCAGUGACCAGAGAUGCAUUCCAAAUUGUUGAAAAAUGCUCAGAGAGGUACUUCAAGCAGCUGAGCGAUGAUCUGGAAGCUUACAGCCACCAUGCAGGGAGGAAGACAGUGGAGGCAGCUGACCUGGAAGUCCUCAUGAGAAGGCAGGGGCUGGUGACAGACAAGAUGCCCCUGAGGGUGCUGAUAGAGCGUCACCUCCCCCUGGAGUACCGCCGGCUGCUCAUCCCCGUGGCUGUCAGUGGGAACAAAGUGAUACCCUCCAAGUGAAGCUGGCCAUGGUGGCUGCUCCCAGGCUUCUUCAUGCCCCUGCUCCAGGUGAUGCUUUUCCACACACACCCAGUCAGGCAGCCACUGCUGGAUGUUCUCCUGAGGCCACCACACCCUGCUGGGUCUCACCAGCCUUUGUUACAAGGCAUUUGACUAUCCAUAUUUUUAUGUUACCUUUGGAUACUUGUACAGCUCUGAUAAAUAAAAUGUUACAUGUAUUUUU